CCGACUGAGGAAGGGAAGUCCCUGUGGGAGCUGGUGCUGGAGCAGUUUGAGGACCUCCUGGUGCGCAUCCUGCUGCUGGCUGCCCUGGUCUCCUUCGUUCUGGCCUGGUUCGAGGAGGGUGAGGAGACCACAACCGCCUUUGUGGAGCCCCUGGUCAUCAUGCUCAUCCUUGUGGCCAACGCGAUCGUGGGCGUGUGGCAGGAACGCAACGCGGAGAGUGCCAUCGAGGCCUUGAAGGAGUAUGAACCCGAGAUGGGCAAGGUGAUCCGCUCGGACCGCAAGGGUGUGCAGAGGAUCCGCGCCCGGGACAUUGUCCCAGGGGAUAUUGUAGAAGUGGCAGUGGGGGACAAAGUGCCAGCCGACCUUCGCCUCAUUGAGAUCAAGUCCACCACACUAAGAGUGGACCAGUCUAUCCUGACAGGUGAAUCCGUGUCAGUGACCAAGCACACAGAGGCCAUCCCAGAUCCCAGAGCUGUGAACCAGGAUAAGAAGAAUAUGCUGUUUUCUGGCACCAAUAUUGCAUCUGGCAAGGCAGUGGGUGUUGCAGUGGCCACGGGCCUGCACACGGAGCUGGGCAAGAUCCGGAACCAGAUGGCGGCGGUGGAGCCUGAGCGGACGCCGCUGCAGCGCAAGCUGGACGAGUUUGGGCGGCAGCUGUCUCAUGCCAUCUCAGUGAUCUGCGUGGCCGUGUGGGUCAUUAACAUUGGCCACUUUGCCGACCCGGCCCACGGCGGCUCCUGGCUGCGGGGUGCUGUCUACUACUUCAAGAUUGCUGUGGCCCUGGCUGUGGCUGCCAUCCCCGAGGGUCUCCCAGCUGUCAUCACUACAUGCCUAGCGCUGGGUACACGGCGCAUGGCACGUAAGAAUGCCAUCGUGAGGAGUCUGCCUUCCGUGGAGACCCUGGGCUGCACCUCAGUUAUCUGCUCUGACAAGACGGGCACGCUCACCACCAAUCAGAUGUCUGUCUGCCGGAUGUUCGUGGUAGCCGAAGCCGAAGCGGACUCCUGCCGUUUGCACGAGUUCACCAUCUCGGGUACCACGUAUACCCCCGAGGGCGAAGUGCGGCAGGGGGAGCAGCCCGUGCGCUGCGGGCAGUUCGACGGGCUGGUGGAGCUGGCCACCAUCUGUGCCCUGUGCAAUGACUCGGCGCUGGACUACAACGAGGCCAAAGGCGUGUAUGAGAAGGUGGGAGAGGCCACGGAGACGGCUCUGACUUGCCUUGUGGAGAAAAUGAACGUAUUCGACACCGACCUGCAGGCCCUGUCCCAGGUGGAGCGAGCUGGAGCCUGCAACGCGGUCAUCAAGCAGCUGAUGCGGAAGGAGUUCACCCUGGAGUUCUCCCGAGAUCGGAAGUCCAUGUCGGUGUACUGCACACCCACCCGCCCUGACCCUACUGGCCAGGGCAGCAAGAUGUUUUUGAAGGGGGCCCCCGAGAGUGUGAUUGAGCGCUGCAGCUCGGUCCGUGUAGGGAGCCGCACUGUACCCCUGACCACCACCUCCAGGGAGCAGAUCCUGGCAAAGAUCCGGGAUUGGGGUUCGGGCUCAGACAUGCUACGCUGCCUAGCACUGGCCACCCGGGAUGUGCCCCCGAGAAAGGAGGAUAUGCAGUUGGAUGACUCCAGCAAGUUUGUGCAGUAUGAGACUGACCUGACCUUCGUGGGCUGUGUGGGUAUGCUGGACCCGCCAAGGCCUGAGGUGGCUGCCUGCAUCACACGCUGCCACCAGGCAGGCAUCCGCGUGGUCAUGAUCACAGGGGAUAACAAAGGCACGGCCGUGGCCAUCUGCCGCCGGCUGGGCAUCUUUGAGGACGCAGAGGAUGUGGUGGGCAAAGCCUACACCGGCCGCGAAUUUGAUGACCUCAGCCCCGAGCAGCAGCGCCACGCCUGCCGCACCGCUCGCUGCUUCGCCCGUGUGGAGCCUGCACACAAGUCCCGCAUUGUGGAGAACCUGCAGUCCUUUAACGAGAUCACUGCCAUGACUGGUGAUGGAGUGAACGACGCCCCAGCCCUGAAGAAAGCAGAGAUCGGGAUCGCCAUGGGCUCAGGCACGGCCGUGGCCAAGUCGGCAGCAGAGAUGGUGCUGUCAGAUGACAACUUUGCUUCCAUCGUGGCUGCGGUGGAGGAAGGCCGGGCCAUCUACAACAACAUGAAACAGUUCAUCCGCUACCUCAUCUCCUCCAACGUCGGCGAGGUCGUCUGCAUCUUCCUCACGGCAAUUCUGAGCCUGCCCGAAGCCCUGAUUCCCGUGCAGCUGCUCUGGGUGAACCUGGUGACGGAUGGCCUACCUGCCACGGCCCUGGGCUUCAACCCACCAGAUCUGGACAUCAUGGAGAAGCUGCCCCGAAACCCCCGCGAGGCCCUCAUCAGUGGCUGGCUCUUCUUCCGAUACCUGGCUAUUGGAGUGUACGUGGGCCUGGCCACAGUGGCUGCUGCCACUUGGUGGUUCCUGUAUGAUGCUGACGGACCUCAUGUCACCUUCUACCAGCUGAGGAACUUCCUGAAGUGCUCCGAGGACAACCCGCUCUUUGCUGGCAUCGACUGCGAGGUCUUCGAGUCACGCUUUCCCACCACCAUGGCCUUGUCUGUGCUCGUGACCAUUGAAAUGUGCAAUGCCCUCAACAGUGUCUCAGAGAACCAGUCACUGCUGCGGAUGCCACCCUGGCUGAACCCCUGGCUGUUGGCAGCUGUGGCCAUGUCCAUGGCCUUGCACUUCUUCAUUCUACUCGUGCCGCCUUUGCCCCUCAUUUUCCAGGUGACCCCACUGAGUGGGCGCCAGUGGGUGGUGGUGCUCCAGAUAUCUCUGCCUGUCAUCCUGCUGGAUGAGGCCCUCAAGUACCUGUCCCGGAACCACAUGGAUGAAGAAAAGAACGAGAAGUGAGUGCUGGGAACAGAUUGGAGCCUCCGAUGUGUACCUCGGACUGAUGGUGCUCAAGCAUCUAUCCCCACCCCACCCCUGCCACCUCACUCGCCCACUUGCCCACUGGGCCCUGCUGAACACUCAGCAGACCUGAGGCCAGAACCGUCACCCCAGGCUCGGUCCCAGGGUCUCUGUCCCCACUUCUGCCUGGUCUGGGGGCUCUGUAAUUCACGUUUCUUGGACUCUUCUGGAAGGUUCCCUUCCGGGGACUCUGGCCCAGGAGCUGCAGCCUGGGCGGGGGCUGCCAAGAACCAGGGCUGGCACAAAUCCAGAAAUCCAGAGGCCCUCCACCCCCAAAUCCAUGAGCACAUUCUGGAGCCUGCUUCUCCUUGCUUGGGGGCUGAGCAUUUCCUUGGUGACCAGUGCCUCUGCACUGACGGAGGACUCCUUGGGAUCCUUCUUGCUGGCGCUGACCUCUCCCUUAGUGCCUGGCCUGGGGCCUGGUCAUCCCUGGGGGGGAGGGAUCAGAAAGGGGGCCAUCUGGGCCCAGCUGUGACAGCAAGGGCGGGCAGCUCCUUCCACUCUGCUCUGCUUCCACAGAGUCGGCUCCUGAGAGCUUGAGCCUGUUUCUGUUUAUAUGAGCAGGGCCCAGGGAGUUGAAGGGUCAGAGAAAGGGACAUGAGGAGUGGGGAGGAGGGGCUGGGCAAAGACCCCUUUCCCAGGACAUGGCCUUGUCUGCCUGCCUCAGUUCUGCUCACUUCCUGAACUCAGGUUUCCUGGGAACAUAUUGAGUCUCGUUGCCUGGUCUGCCGAGCAGAGGUCGAGUUUGCCAUCCAUGUCCCUGGUGCCUGAGACCCCAGACAUCCUUGGGUCCCUGACCGCUGUGCCCUUCCACCCAGCCCUGUGUGCGGUCAUUGUGCUGUGAACACAGCUGGGUGCCUCUGAGUCUGGUGGACUCUGGGUCUCAUUCUUUGUCCUUCCCCCAACACCCAUGGGCCAUAAGGAUGUCACUAAGGAUGACUGAUUACCCAAGGGUGCCUUCUCUCCCUCCCUCCUUGCUGGAGGGAUGCGUCUCCUUGUGGACUACGUCAGAUGACAGGAAGAUAGCAUUUGAUGGGCAGAAUUUUUCUCUUAACUCAGCUUUUGUUCUUUUGGCAAAAAUCAGCUAAGCGUAGCAGAAAACAGUGAGUAAAUGACUGUGUGUGUGUCUUUGCCCCUCCUAGAGAGUGUACGGAGUGAUUAUUUUAUAUGUAAACCAAGACUCACAUCCCUGUCUUGGUCCCUAGAAUCAAAAGCCCCCUGGGCCUGCCUUGCCAGUUGAAGGAGCUCCGUGUUCCAUAGCUCUUUCCCAUCCUUCUUCCCUCCCCUCUCUCAAAAGUUCUGGGAGGGGCAGCAAGAGAAACAGAAUAGGAGGGUGGGGAGUUGUGGUUCCCAGCAAAGAUUCUCUGCUUCUUUCCUGGAGGUCUUAGCAGGGGCAGGGCUCUGUGCCCAUUUGCUGAUGUGCUGUUUGGUAGAGAAAUAAAGGUUGGGUG